CUGGUGUCUCAAAAGCCCACCCACAACAACCAUUGCCUGACACUAAAGAGCUAGAUAACUUAAGGGAGAUUACUAAUGUAUUUAGGAGGAACUUAGUUGAAGGCGACUGGGAGCAUCCGGGCCAUGUGAUGGAGCGGGCACUUGUCGCCCACUAUGCACUCUUCCUAUACUUUCUGAUUGAACCUAAUUUUGCUAGAUCGCUUUCAUAUUGCCACUCGAUUCCUCUCUCUUUCGGCGUCUCCAUUAUCAAAUCGAUCAAUCCAUUGAUCUCCUCUCCCAGGUGCCGUGAUUUGGUUCCGUUUUGGAUCCAUCAUCUUUUCAGCAUUUUAAUAUAUGAGAGAGGCUCUCCAACGUUUUUUCUACGCGACUGUGCAGUGUGGGGUCUCCUGUGGAUUUUACGACAAUGCUUCCCAGACGAGCAUCGAGGAUUCCGCGACCACUGUUUGCAUGAUUUUGGUCGCUUCAAAGUGGUGAGCUUCCUCAUAUCUUUCCUUCCUCAAAGUCGGCUCUCUCGUCUCUCUUUUUUCUUCCUUGCCUGCCUUCUCGUGCGUUGCUCUUGGCUGUACGUAGAUUCCAGUCUCAUUGAAUUUGGUGAUUGGUUUUUUUGGUGUAAGCAGCGAUGCAUUCGAUCUGUCUCAAGAGCAUGGAACACGCAACCAAGAACGCCGCGGUCAUCCAACGCGAGCUCCUGCAGCAAAUCCUGGAGAAGAACGCCGGGACCGAGUACCUUACGCGGCAUGGCCUGGACGAGGAAUCCAACCUCGUCGAUGGCUUCCACAAGCUACCCCUCGUAGAGUACAAUGACAUCGAAGCGGACAUCAAGCGUAUUGCGGACGGCGACACUGGAAGAAUACUUUGCUCCGAUCCAAUCUCACAGUUCUUCAUCAGCUCAGGGACGACGACCGGACGAUCCAAACUCAUCCCGGUGACGAAAGAAGCCGUGGAUCAAGCGCACAACAGGGUGUUCACGAUCAACCCGGACGAAACUUACUUGGCAUUCUGGUUCGCGAGCAAGCAGUCCCUCACGAAAGGUGGCUUCAAGGCCGAGACUGUCACAACCAGCGGUCUCAACAGCGCUCACUUCAAGCGAGCAGCCGCAUCCUUCGUCACCCCGCACAAGAUCUUCCAGUCCACCAGCAUGUACCAGUGCCUCUACUGCCACCUUCUCUGCGGCCUCCUCCGCCGCGAGGAAGUCACCGUCGUGAUCUCGGCCUUCGCCUUCGCACUGACCGAGGCUUUCCGGGUGCUGGAGCAAGUCUGGUCGGAGCUGCUCGAGGACAUCGAGGCUGGAAGCUUGAGCUCGAGGAUCACAGACCCGAUUUUGCGGCUCGCUAUGUCCGGCAUUGCUCCUCCCAGUCCCGAGCUCGCAGAGCAGCUGAGAAGGGAGUUUCGAUCGUUUAGCAUGGACGGGAUCGUCCAGCGCCUGUGGCCCAACGCGAAGUCUGUGGUAGCUGUCACAACCGGAGCCAUGGCACCAUACGCCCCGAGGCUGCGAGCUCUCGCUGGAAAAACUCCGCUGGUUUGCGGAAACUACUUCAGCUCCGAGUGCUUGAUCGGGAUCAACCUCAGCCCGGCCUCGUCGCCAGCCACUUUCACCGUGAACCCGGAGUUUGCGUACUUCGAGUUUCUUAGCUACCACGACGGUGAAACCAAGUUGAAUGGCCUGGAGGAGCAACGUCCCGUUGGUCUGACGGAGGUGACGAUCGGAGAGAAGUAUGAGAUCGUGGUGACAACUCGAUCUGGUACGUUUUGCUUCCAAGUUCUUCGUUUUUCUCCCUGUCAGACUUUGGAGUUCACAGGUCUCUAUCGAUACAGGCUCGGAGAUGUCGUCCAAGUGGCCGGCUUCUUCAACUCGAGCCCGAGCCUGAGAUUUCUUUUCCGGAGAAACGUGGUGAUGAGCGUAGCCACUGACAAAACGGACGAGUUCGAGCUCCAGGCCGUAGUCCACAAGGCCUCAUUGCUGCUGCGGAGCUCAAGCCAGCUCCACGACUUUGCAGGCUACGCCGACUUCUCGUCCAUCCCGGGACAUUACGCCAUCUUCUGGGAGCUCAACCACGGCGGCUCCAUGGAUCCGAGCACCCUGCAAGACUGCUGUGAGCUCCUGGACGUGUCUCUCAACGAUCCUUACUUGCGUGGGAGGAGUAGUGGAGCCAUCGGUCCUCUAAAGCUGUGCGUGGUGAGGGGCGGGAGCUUUAGAGAGCUGUUUGAGCAGCACGUCGCGAGAGGCGGGAGUGGAAGCCAGUACAAAUCUUGUCGCUGCGUCGCGAGCAAACAAGCCAUUGAUCUACUGCGAAGAAACACUCUCCAGCAAGCCUUAAGUUCGAAGUUUCCAAAUCCCUGGAAACUAAGUAUUAAGUCUCUGGAGCUUGACCAAUAAUCAUGUAGCCAUUUUUACCGUGAUAGUUUUCGCGACUGACAAAACGAGAUCUUCCUCGUUAC